AUGCGAGAGCAGAGACAUGCUUCAGAUGCGCCAUGUUCAGCUGGUGGGAUGGCGGCCGCCGUCAAGCUGCCGGUGGCAGCUCUGCCACAUUCCUGCUGGCUCCGAAAAUAUGUUUUCCUCUGCACAGCAUGUGGAGGACUGUCUGUACUCUUGGGAAUACUGUUUCUCACAGUAUACUUCAUGCUACGAUCAUACACUUCUUCACUGAAUUACUUUGAAACUGUACCAACUUACGUACCAGCAACUAUGCUCAUUGUCACUGGAUUAAUUGUGAUGUGUUUGGCAAGUAGGAAGAAUCGUUACGAAUACCUGAUCAAGCUGUGUGGGAUAUGUUGUUUAGUUGGCGGUGUGCUGUGUAUUGUGGUGACAAUUAGCACAACAGUUAUACAUAUGAGUAGGCUCCAAACUCUACGUGAAUGUAUGUACACACAAAAGACACAGACCUGCACAUGCUAUUCUGCUUUGCUACAGUCAUCAGACAAAAUGGAGGAAGGUUUACGGUAUGUUUGCAACUCAACACCAGACUGUGAUGUCAUCCAUGGAGCACUCUACUCAUGCUUACGAGCUUUAUUUGGAUUAUCUGUUAUUGGAAUUCUAAUAUGUAUUUUUUCUUGUAUGCUGGUCUAUCAGCUUCUCAGUCAUGAAAAAAAGAAAAUGUACUGGGAACAAUUGGAGAUGAGGUGUCGUUAUAUGUAUCAACAACAGCACACAGCACGCCACUGCAACUGCUGCGAUGAUUGCCGCUACCCAAUUCCACAUGAAGGAUUCCCUUGGGAGGUUAUGGAUGAGAGAUACUGGACACCACGCAGAGUGGGUAACCUAUAUUCACCAAACCCAGGUGAAGAUGGGAAUUCAAAUACACACAGGCCUACAUCUGGCUGGAGCUGGUGUCGUUUGCCCUGGGCUCGAGGCAAUACAACCAACCAAAAUACCAGAGAAAGCAGUCAAAAUUACCGGAAUACCACUAGCAGUCCAGACAGUCAAUAUGGUUUCAGCAGCCGUCCAAAUCCAGACAUGCAUAACAACCAGGGAGAGAGGAGAGUUGGUGUUGCAUCUGUACAAGUGGAGAGUUAUGGCCCAGGUUACUACAUGUGGGGACCACCACCGCCAUACUCAAACCAUAGUAGUCCAGCUCAUCGUGAACCUAUCCUUGGUGUGCUCCCACAUUCUAGUUCUAUGAGCCCACCAUGUGUCAGUCAUGUUCACAGACACUGUCAUGUACAAGGCCAGUUUCUUGGAGAGCAGAACUGCUUUGGCAAUUCACAGCUCCAGGCAGCAGGCUCCAAUGACACAAAUGUGGAAGAAGUUAGGAAAAAUGUGCUUACUGAAAAUUAUACAAAUGCAGAUGAAUCAAAAUUACCUGCUUCAGCUGACAGUAGCAGUGAAAAUACUAAAAAUUCAUCAGUUAGUAGAGAAAGAGUAAGUAACACACUCCCAGUAUGAAAAGCAAAGAAGAGGAUAGAUAUUUCAUCUGUGAAAUCAGUUGCUAACAUACCAUUUUCUGUUGAUCAAAAUAAACAGCACACUUCUCCAACUCAUAUAACAGAAGCAUACCGCAAUCAAAGUAUGUCUGAAAAAAUAGCAUUAAAUGAUUUUAAUGUUGCUGAUAAAUUGACUCCACAUCAUUUGGAAACGACUGAUGGUCAUUCAGAGCCAGAGGAUGAUGGAAGACUGCCAAAUCACUGCUCACCACAAAUGCGAGGUGUGGCAAGUUCAGCUUUUACUGUACAUGAAGCUCCACAUGGAAAUGGAAAUGAACCAACUGAAUCUGAGGUUUAUUUUGCUGAUGUUUCUUCUUGCUGUAAUGUGUCUGUUCACAAUGAUGGGCCAAUUCAUCUUUCUAUGAUGAAGCUUCAGCUCCACAGAAACAAAAUGUUACAACUUCUUCAGCAGAAGAGCCUAUUAUUCCCAAAUCAGAAGUAUUACACCAAUUGCUUUCAUUUUAUAUUAACAAGACAGAGGAGCCUGUCAAAAGAUAAUUUGUCAGUGGGCAAGCAGGAAGCAUCACAUCAUAAUAAUUUAUUGUGCAAUAAGCAAUAUAUUGAACCAAAAUCUCAUGAUGAAUAUGACACAUCACAAAAUAUCCAACAGUCAGCCAUGUCACUUUCAGACUGUGAAGCUGGUGUUACUUCUCAUGUACCAGAUAAUAAUGAAAAUUGUUAUACAUGUCAGGUAACACACUCUCUGCCACAAUGUGACAAUUUUGUAGCAACAACCAAUUAUAAUCACAAUUCAGUAUACUGUAACAAUGAUGUCAUAGGAGAUACCAUUACAAGCCCAGAGCCCUCAUCAGUUCUAAGAAUACCCAACGAUGAAGUAUUAGUGAGCAACAAGAAUAACCAGGAUGAAACUCCUUGCAUCUCAGCAGUGCUGCAGCUGAGUAAACUUCACAUACAUCAGCAAAGGAACAGUAUUCAUAAAGCUAACAUGACUAAUGCGGAUAGCUCCAUGAGACUGUCAAAUAAUCCAAACAACAUCAACAGUAGUAGGAGCUUCAUAGAAGGAUUGUAUCAAGCAAAUGCCAGUACUGAGGAAGAAUCUGAGUCACAGACACAGCAAACUUCGACCUGCUACAGUGAUGCUACUUUGGACUCUGGAUGCCAUAGUGGAUCUGAAUUUGCUGCCAGUCACCAGAGUGGCAGCACAAGAGGAAGAAACCAUAGUUCUAGAUCAGAAUGUGGGGGAGAAGUAAUGGGUGUUGUCACAGUUCGUUCAGUUAAUGUAUAAAAGUACAAGAAGAGGAGCAGCUGUUUGGGUCAAAAACAUCCAGCUGAAUAAAUUGUAUAUAAGACUAAAAUGCAGAUUUCUUUCAGUCAUGAAAUGAUUCUUCCUAGCACAUCAAAACUGAGAUACAGAUUCUAAAACUGUAACAUACUCUAUAUUUCUGUGAGUCAGCUCAGUUUUUGUUCAGUGUAUCAUUUGUUGUUACAUAUCACAUUGAUAUUUUUGCUGCAGCUGUGUUGUUUCUAUGUUGAAGCAAAUAGGAGGAUAAUUCAGAUGCCAUUUUAAGUACAAAAAUGCAAAAAAAAAAAAAAAUAUCUACACAUGUUAAAAAUUGUGUAUUACAU